AUCCGGAAAGCGAGGGUAAGAGCGAGACCUCGGGUGUACCCUGUUGGCUGCUUCCUCCUGCAGCUCGUACGGGUCCGCUCCGGACGCAGAUGGGGUUCCCCAGGAGCCCAUGGGGCCUCCUCAGUCCUUUCCUGACUCUCCACCUCCUGCGGCUGGGAUCAGCGGAGCUCAGAGUGGUGGGACCAAGGCAACAUCUCCUUGCCACCGUGGGGCAGGACGUCGUGCUGCCGUGUCACUUGUCCCCACGCAUGGAUGCUCGGAGCUUGGAGAUCGGGUGGAUCCGGCACCUGGUCUCUGAAACGGUGCACCUCUACCGAAACGGAGAGGACCUGUAUGGCGAGCAGAUGGAGGAAUAUGCUGGAAGGACAGAGUUGGCCAGAGAUGGUCUGUCCAGUGGGAGCCUGGACUUGCGAAUCUCUGGGUUGACACCCUCUGAUGAUGGCUUGUACGUCUGCACUGUGCGAGAUGCUGGCACCUAUGCAGAAGUUAUGGUGGAGGUGGAGGUGGCAGCCUUGGGCUCUGUCCCUCUCCUCUCUCUGGAGGCUUACGAGGAUGGAGGCAUCCGGGUGGUGUGUCGAUCGGCCGGCUGGUACCCACCACCGCAGCUGCUGUGGAAGGAUGGCAGUGGGCAGCAUCCCCCCUCGGCCUCCCUGAAACGUUCCCGUGAUGAGAGGGGCCUCUAUGAGAUCCAAGAUGUCAUCGUUGUGAGCGGGAAGGGAGACAGGAACGUGUCGUGCGUGGUGAGGAACAGCCGCCUGGAGCAGGAAUUGUCCCUGCACGUCUCAGGGAAACGAGAUGCAGCCCUGGCGCUGAUGCUCCUGCUCCUCCUGUCCCCUGCAGACGUGGUGACCCUGGAUCCAAACACGGCUCAUUCUGAACUUGUCCUGUUGGAGGAUUUGAGACGUGUGAGAUGUGGACCCACGUGGCAGAACCUGCCCUACACCCCUCAGAGAUUUAGUUAUUGGCGCUGUGUGCUGGGCCAGGAGAGGUUCCGGGAGGGGAGGCACUGCUGGGAGGUGGAGGUGAAGGGGGAGGUGGGAGGUGAUUCAUGGUGGGGUGUUGGAGUGGCCAAGGAGUCCAUGGAGAGGAAGGGGAUAAUGGAUCUGAAGCCUGAAGAAGGGAUCUGGGCAGUUGGCAGGUAUAAAGGGCAGUUCAUGGCUCUCACCUCUCCUCGCACCGUCCUUUCCAACUCCCCGCUCCCCAGGAGGAUCUGGGUCUGUCUGGACUGCACACGGGGGCUGGUGACUUUCCUCAACGCUGACACCGGGGGUGAGAUCUUCACUUUCCCACCAGGCUCAUUCCACAGGGAGACCCUGCGGCCCUGGUUUUGGGUGGAAACAUGGGAAACCCAGCUGUGCCUCAGGGGCAGCACCCCCUAGACCCUCAGCCCCACUUCCAUCCCCACCACAGCCUCCAGCAGACCCUGUCCUUCUCCAGAGACUCCCCACUCUCCUCUCCUGGACCCUGCAGGAGAUGUCCCUCCCUGCCCUGUUCCAGCCAGAGGAGCAGAGGGGGACUGAGGGACAGGGGCUGCUGUUGGGUCCCCCGGUGCUGGGAGGCUCUGAGCAGGGCUGUGUGUCUGCAUUUCAGCUUUGAUGGAGUUAAUUUUCUUUCUGGUAUGGGCUGCAUUUUGGAUUUAGUCUGAGAAUGACAUUGAUCACACACAAUUAUAUAAGUGGGUGAGAAAUGUUCAGAUCAGUUCAAGGGCUUUUCCAGCUUCCCCUCUCACCUGAGAGGGAGCACGGCCAGGAUGAGGCAGCCAAAGGGAUACUCCACCCCAGAGAUGUCCUGCUCAGGAUAGAAAUGGUGGCUUCCGGGGGGCUGGAACCUUCCAUCUUUGCUGGGGCUGGGCUGAACAAUCAGUCCUCAGGUGCUGAUGACAAAUUGUGUUGUAUCCCUUUAUUUUGUAUAUUUAGUUUCUAUGUAUUUUUUACAAUUAAUAAUGUUAUUUUCCUCUGAGGUGUCUU